UGCAAAAGAACUAAAUUUGUUAAGAUCAAUAUCUUUGGUAUCUGAUGGUAUAAACCUUUUAAUAUUUGAAACUUUCACUAUUAAGUCUAGCAAAAUCCAAGAUUUAAAAUCUCUAAGCUCUCGAGACAUCACGGACCAGAAUUAAUGAAUUUGUGAGAAGUAGCUGAUUUAUAUAAUGUAAGCUUGUACCCGGUGUUCCCCAGGUUUAUAUUAUUAUUCGUCAUAAUUACUCCUCCCGAUUACCCUCGCUUGGUAUUGAAUUUUGAUGCCAGUAGAAUUUCAAUUUUGCCCAUGUCACCCCUGGGGUACCUAUGGGUUCACUCGACGAAAUUCAGCCAAAUGGUCGAGCCGUUUUGCAAAUAUAUGUACAAAUAUGAAUGAGCUUUAUUGUAUGGAUAUAUCUAUGUAUUUUUCAAUUUUCAUAGCAAUGUUUAGUUUCUUAGAAACGAAUUCGGACGAUGAUGAUUUUGGAGCGGUCAGCUCAGGUUUGUCCAACGUGUUUGGAUCUGAUGAGCGCAGUAAACCAGAAACCCUGACUAAUAAACAAAACAAACCCAUACAAACUGCUUUCCAAAAUAAGGAUGAGAAAGAUGAGAAGAACCAGGGACUAGUGCAAGGAUAUGAACCAAUGUCUAAUAUCCAUGCCGGAGUAAAGAUGGCGACUGCAGUCCACGUGUAUAAGUUUGAAAACAAUGGUUUCAAGUCCUUGGGGAAACUUGGUUUGGCUAUAAUAGGAAACAAAGAAUCACAGUUUUACCAGUUGUUGUUGUACCGGGGUAAACAACAGCCUGUAGCUGUAGCCAACAUCACAACAACACUCAACCUCAACAUCCAGCCCAACAACUAUGCUAACUUUGUGGACGAUAUCAAGAACUCUUGGACGGUUGGGUUCGAAUCCCAGGAUGUUUUAAUAAAUUUUGCAAAACAGGUUCUUCUCUGCAAAACCGUGUACAGGUUUGAAGAUUCUCUGGAGUGUGAUCUAACCCAUGGAGAGGGUCGGAGUGUAGAUAUAGGAGAUAUUGUAGAAUUAAACCUCACAGGUUGGAAUGUAGAGAACCAGAGUAUAGGAUUAAUGAAGGAGAACCUAACCGGGAAGAAAUGUAAGGUUGGUUCUCCAGGUACUCCUGGAUACACAGGCUGGGAGAACUCAAUCAAGGGAAUGAAGAAAGGAGGAAGAAAGUUUCUCAUCUUGCACUGCCCUGAGAACCCUGAUGUAUCUCUAGCCUAUGAUCUUCAUGUAACCAGAACUAAAACAAAAGAGACCGAUAUCAAAAACUCUUUACAGGAUAAUUCUAGUUCAGUGGUUUCCUCUACCUCGGAGAUUUCAAGUCAGGAUAAGAUUUUAACCAAGGUGAAACAUAUUGGACACAAUGUUUUCAACCCGAGACAGAAUCUGACUCCAGAGUUACCGGAGUUAGAACCUAUUCGUAGUGAGGAGGGUACCCGGAGUAACAGAUCUGGGGUCCAGGAAGAGCACAAGGAAACCGUGAGAAGACAAAGUAUUCAAUCCAACCAUUCAGCUUCAUGUCCCGGAGCACUGUUCCAAUGCAGACCAGAGAUGAGCUAUGAGAUGAGUCGUCAGGAGCUGAACCUUCUGCUGAGCGAGACAAGGAUCUCCAAUACUGAGAUGAGGAUGAAUAUGACCAGGAUAUCCGACAAGGUGGAUGAACUGCUCCGGAGAUCCGGGAACCCAGGAUCCGUCCCCUCGGAUACAUUUACUGAGAUAAAAAGAGACCUGGAUACAAUCAAACUGCAAACCUUUGAUAUCAAAUCAAGUUUGGGCGCAGGUAAAACAGUUCGGAGCACUACCAGUAAUCCAGGAGACCAGGAGCAGGUUUGGAACCAGGCGGAAAAGAUAAAGAAGUUGAUGAUGCUCCUGGAGGAGAAGGAUGAACAGCUCCGAGAGUUGGAACAGCUCAAGGAGGAGGAGAGGGUACAGGCGGAGAACCAAGAGGAACUACUUCACCGACUUCAGGACUGUGAGUCAGCUCUGAACCGAGCCAGGACGGAGUCAAACAGAGAAAUCUACUCCGAGAUGAAAAAAGUACUGGGCAGCUCUGCCAAGUUUCUCCUUGGACAGUUUGAGAAGAACGAGACCUAUUCUGGGGAGGAUAUCCAGGCAACUAUCCAGGAGAUAUUUCAAGCAGUCUCCGCCAGGGUUCAGGAGAAAUAUUCCGAACCUUACUCCGAGGAGAAGGAGAAGUACUACAGUACUAACCUAGACCUGGAUACAGAGGAGGAGAGGGUGAGAGAUGUGCCGAUUAAUAUGGUUUUAAAGCAUGCAAAUUCAUUGUAAACAUUUUCAAACUUCUGUACAUUUAAUACUUAAUAUUUAUUUAAAUAAACAAAAACUUGAAUUGAUAAUAAACCUGUGGUUUAAC